UAAUAUUUACAUCCGGGGUGCUUCAGACAGUGCGAAUAGAAUUUAGCAUAUUAAUUAUCUCUCGUUUUGUUUAUUUUUUUCGUAUUUGAAAAGUCUACAGAUCUCAACACUGGCAAAUCAACGAUCUUCAGACGAACAUGUGAAAAACCCACGCAGAGGAUACAGGAAGUUGAACCCAUUUUCAUGUGUUGGAAAAAUGGGCAACUCCAAAUCCUCUAAAUCCACAAGGUAUUUUGAUGAUGACAUACCAACACUUAAGUCACUUGAAAUGCCGCAGAAGGAGCGUGACCUUCACCUGGCUGUCAUGGCCAAUGACAGGGAAGGGGUCAAACUGUGCAUUAGUCACGGGACGGAUAUAAACUACCCAUGGAGUAACCCCCUGAUCCCCAGCGUCAAGGACAGCACCACCCCUCUGCUGGCAGCCGUGUCUCUCAAUCAUGUGGAGAUUACAGAGAUUCUGAUUAAGGCUGGUGCUGACAUCAAUCUGACGGACAGGAACAGUUGUUCCCCUUUGUACAAGGCAGCCUUUCAUGGCCGACCCGUCCUCAUAGAAAUGCUCCUUAAAGCAGGAGCGAACAUCAAUCAGGCAGACAAGGAAGGCCAGACUCCGCUGUAUAUCUGUGUUCAGAAUGCCUUCGUACACUCCAGUUAUGCUGCCGUGGAAUGUUUGUUAUCUGCUGGAGCCUCUAUAAAUAGAUGUGACAAUUCUGGUAGGUACCCCAUACAUGUUGCUGCUCACUGGAAACUGAAGGACAUGAUUCGUAUUUUACUGAAUGUGAACAGUGAUGUGAACACGCUAGACAAUCACGGCCGCACGCCGCUGUACGUCUGUGUCAGCUCGCUCAGCACGGGACUGUAUAAAGAAGACCUCAAGUACCAGGUGCCCUGUAUAAAAGUUCUGUACGCCGCCGGCUGUGAUAUGUUAAAUCUCGUGGACUGGCUCAAGUGGAAGGGGCCCGGAAUCCCCCUGGAGCUGAUGAGGGACGACCCCAAUUUCUUAAUGUGGUAUAAAAAGAACAUGAAUUCUCCGCACUCGCUGAUGAACUUGUGUCGGAAGGUGAUUCAACAGAGACUCAGCAGGAAGAGAAAGUUGUGUGAUCAGACGCGACGACUUCCUGUUCCUCCCAAAAUGAAGGUUUAUCUCUCACGGAUCAUGUUCUAUCUGCCGGCGUAUGAUCCGGAGUCCGAUCCAGAGUCUCUGGAUUAGAUAACAAUUCAGUUACUGUCAGAAAGGGUCAGUUACAUGUGUUUUGGAUUGUGUUUGUUAUUCUCUUCUGUGGGCUAGGGGUCCAAUGUUUCACCCCAUAAGUUGUCAUGUGUUCUCUUUUUUGAUUUUAUUCUUUUUUUUUUUUUUUUUUUGUAGUAUAAUUGCCCCAGUGACUUUACUGGGUGAUUUAAAAUUGAAAUUACACUCAAAUUUAGUUGACGUUGCAGUGGAAAUUUUAAAGAAAUUUACAAUUUUUGGAAGGGAAUUAUAUUUAUUUUUGAAAGGAAGAGUCGUCUCUCUUAGUGGAGGGAAACUUAACCUUAAAAUAAUUUAGAUAAGAAAUGUUCACCUUAAUUUUCCAUGAAAAUGUUUUCUUUAAUGUGUUUAAACAGGAGAAUUUUGUCCCCAUUUUCUAGUCACUUUCAUUUUUCAAUGGGAAUAAAAUAUGUGGUAUUUUCUGUCCACAGGUAGAACAGAUAGUAGAAGUAAACAAGUUAAAUAUGAAUGAAAAAAACAUAAUUGUGGGGAGAAAAAGGUUCUUUUAAUUUCAUAUAUAUUCCCUCUCCUCAGUCCUCUCAAUGUUUGAAGGUAUAUGAAAUUUUGUAGGUCCUUUUAUUCCAAUUUAUGAUAGAUACGGACUAAUCUAAACAAUAGGAAGACUAGGAAUGUCUAGAGAAAUAUUAAUAUAAAAUAUGUUUCUGCCUCAGUCUGAAAAAAAUGAAAGGUAGGUAGGCCAUUUUUUUACUUUUUUUUCAUGAAUACACUAUCUAAUUAACACUGUUGACAAAAAAACAUAGUGCCUUAAGCCAUUUUCGUAACAAAUAUGUUGUAGAUUUUUUAUACAUUUGACAAAAAUGGGAAAUUCAAAUCUUUAGAGAGAAAAAAAGAAGCAUAAAUUAAUCAGGGUCAGUCAUGCAAGCGGAAACAAGCAAAUUUUUUUCUAGGCCUAAGAGUUUGAACUUUCCUCAAAAUUUUAUUAUACUUCUCAAAAAAAAGGUCAUUUGGAAAAGGUCAAGGUCAAAAGGGUUAGGAUUUUAAUUUGCUUUUCUAAAGUCAAAGUCAUGUAAAUUGGUAAGAGUUUAAGUCCUGUAAAAAAAACCCUCCUGAUUUAUGUUUAAUGCUGGAAGGUCAUUAUUGUAAUGUAAGAGUAUUGAUUUCAAAACAAGCCAUUAAAAUGAAGCUAAACUGAGGAAAAUCAGGUACCAACACCUGGCCUUAAAAUGUAAAUAAGUGUUGUCAAUUAACACCAGGAAGCCUGAUAAUGAAACACCACUGUAUUACCUUGAAAGUUGAUAAUGCUGUUGGCAUACUGGGCAAUUAUAGAAUAUCAGUUAAUACAAGUGUGAACAAAAUAAGUUUACAUUAGAUAACUUAUAGAAUAACACCGACAUCGUCAUAUGUGUUUAAAUAAAGUGUACUCUUUAUUUACCCGAGUAUCUUAAAUUGGGUCAAUUUAUUGUAUUUAUGUAAAUGUUUGUACUAUUUGCUCUCCCUACUGACUUUUUUCUACUGUUAUUUUUAGCAUCACAUAUCCUGAUUGGUACGUUGUUAAGGGGAUGUUCUGGAGCAUAUGCAAUGCUGUUUGCUAUGUUAAUGGUUGUCGAUAAACCUUGUGGACAAUUAUUCAUGUGUUUUACAAAAUGAAUGAAUCAAACAAAAUUAUUUGAUAUAGAGCCUUUAUGAUGCAUGUAAAGAGAGAGAGAGAGGGGGAGAUAAAUAGAUUAACAAAUCUUUAGAGUACUUGUUGCAAGGCUAAAUCUUUGUGUCAUUAACAUGAUGGCAGCAUGGCAUCAAUUUAUUUUGGAAAAAAAACUAUCAUACAAAGUGAUACACGUACUUGACUUGAUUAGCAUCCUUUUAGCUUUUUAUCUAGUAGGAAAAGUGUGGCCCAGGUUGGACAAAAUCCAAGGUAGCUUGAUCCUUGUUUACAAUAGUAAAAAAAGGCAAUUCGUAAGAUUAGCAUACUGAUGGAAGUAUGAGGCCUGUCUUCUUGAUCCUUAAGCAAAACAUCGUGAACUGUAAUAAGAAGUUUUAUUAACGGAUUAAACAAUUUUAGUCUUUUUAGUGCCUAUAAGUUUUUACCUCCUUCAGAAAUAUGCUCAAAAAUACAUGUAUGACUACUUUUAGAAAACAUAUUCUGAUCUUGUAAAAUUAUUUUGUUUUGAUGACAUUUUCCAAAAAUUCACACAGUACCUAAUGAUUACAUGCUGCCCUGUGUUAAAGUCUUACUUCACAUUGAUUAGUAUGGUUUUCAUGAAAUGCCUAAAACAUUUUAUAAUUUUACACUUAAUACUGAUACUUGUUUUGAAAAUAAAUGAUGGCCACAGUAAAUAAAGAUACAUCUCCAUCAUACAAUAUUAAACAACUUUCAUAAAUUUAAAUUCUUUCACACAUUUCAAUAUUCAUGAUAUUGGAAUUGAUUCUUGAACCCUUAACGAAGAGUUGACUUAUCCUAUACCUCCCAAUCCUAGCUCAUGUAGAAACUGGCUAUUUAGUCUAAUGAUAUAACCCUUUUAAAACAAUAACUCGCUAAAAAUUUCAUUAACAAAUAUUUUUGUUUCUAAAUAAUGAUUUUUAACAUCAUUAAUAUUCACUCGGCUUUUUUGGACUGCCCUUGUACAUGUUCGUGUACAUUCCAUGAAGUAUUUAUUCCUGUGUUUUUCAUAAAAAUACUUGUCUUUUUAUUGAUUGUGGUCUUGUCCAAGUUCAUGUCUUUUUCUUAUUAAUAAGAAGUCUUAAAAAUGAAGUUUAAUUAUAGUUCAUAUUUUUAUAAUGAAUUUUUUUUGGGGGGGGGGAAAUUUUGGUAUGGCAUAUAAUUUGUUGAAUGAAACAACCAAUAACAGUCAUUAUCCAUGACACUUGGAAAUCAUAUCCAUUUUUGUCUUGCUUUUAUUAACCCCACAAAAACUAAGAUUAAAGUGUACCCACUAUGCAGUAUUUAGCUGGCUAGAUUUAUGUACUUUUGGAAGUGGUUAGAUUUGAAAGAAAAAGUUUUGAAAAUGUUUAAAAACAGCUGGACUGUUGGUAAAACAUUCUUCAGAAUGAUGAGUUUUAGGUAUUGGGGCUGGUUCCCAAUAUCUGACCAGUAGAAGUGUUCGGAGAGAAUUCUUGUUGUAGGGUGUUUUAUAGGCAGGGCUUAUAAAGCAGGAAUUACAUUCAGAUAACAUAGUCAGAAUAUGGUCACAGAUAUAGUCAUUAAUUCAGGGGUUAAUCAUUUUAACUUUCUGUAAUUGUCUUUACCAUCACGUAGUCUAACUUAUAACCUAUAAAAAUUUUCACACUUUUUAUGUGAAAGUACUGUUAUACCUUGAAUUAAGCAAGCGUUAAAUGGCUAUGGUAUAUGUGUCAAUUUGUAUUGUAUUUUUGAAAAUCUUGUGAAAUGUGCUGUGCUAAUUGUUUAGAAAUAUAAUUAUACAGUAUGCUGGAUGUUUUAAAUUUAGAAGCACAUUUAGUCCCUAUCUGAUACAGGCACUGAAAUAUAUGAUAAAAUGUUUGUCAUAGUUUCUCAUUAAGUAGGGGGAGGGGGAUAAAUAACCAGAUGAUUCAAAUGCCAGUUGUUUGAUGUCGAAGGUUAUAAAUAAUUUGGAUUUUUUUAGUAAAGAAUUUUGUGGCAUUUCAUUGGUCACUUGUCUUGAGAACAUUAAUUGUGUAUGAUGUUGACAUCAUCAAAAUUGUUUGUGGUUCAUGGUAUGUCUUCUGGACAUGAACUUGUUGUAUGCAUUUUAUGUGCACAAGAGAAAUCUCCAGUAGGUGGCGCUGUUGUUUGUCCAGUAUUUACUGGUACUUUACUGGUACUCUUACUGGACAUAGAACAGGUUGCUGACUUUUGGGAUUUCGUUCAAUUUUUAGAAGUUUUCUUGGUAUGUUGUGAAAGGUUUCUUUACCACAUAUAUAUACAUAAAAAAAAGUAUUGUAACAUUUCUAAUAAUUUUCCUGUUUGUAUCUUUCCACUUUUAAAAUUUUUAUCCAUUGUUAAUCAGCUUCUAGUACUUUUAAGAGUGCUUUGGUUUAAUUACCGGUAAAUAUAAAAAAUGUACAAGUAGUGAACAUUUGAAUGAAUUUAACAAAUUUGUGCACUGUCGACAGCUAUCUUUGAAUUCUUUCUCGUGUAAGUGGCAGGUCCAUUAACAGUUUUAUAUCUAAUGUUUUUUCCCAUUUACUAUGGUAUAUAUAUAUACAUGUACUUAUUACCAGUCAUCUAUAUGUGUUACGCUCACUCACUUUGUGUUUGUUGAGUCUUAGUGCUAUUUUCUUUGUUGUUUUACUAUCCAGUCCUGAACGUCUUUUAAUUUGUAUGUCAGUUGACAUUGGUAGUUCUUGUCAUAUUUUGGUAUUACUGAUUUUUUGACUACAGAUUUUGACUUUAGAAUUGAUAAACUGUUGUUAAUGUAAAUUUUGCAAACUUAAAUAAAAUUGUGUUCCUUUAGA